AUGUUGGGGGAGCUGUUAUUUCUUCUGAGGAGUUUCCACGGGUUUCUUGCUUCUUCUGGCACCAUAGGAGCAGUCUUGGCUUGGUUGCUAAGCUCCAAACCAGCCUUAUUUGGCUUCCUCUUCCUUCUGCUACUGUUCAGCAACUGGCUGGUCAAGCGUGAACUCAGUCGGGCUCCCUCCCAGCCCCAGAUGGUGGCUGAACCAACAGCGGUGGCUCCAGAAGUCAUUCCCAACGACAACGCCAUGAACAACAGAGAGUUGGAGAAGAUAAAGGCUUGCUUCGCCCUCCAGGAUAAGGUCCUCGAACGGCUGCUGUUCAGUGAGAUGAAGCUGAACGUCUUGGAAAAUCAGAUGUUCAUCAUAUGGAAUAAAAUGAGUCGCCGCCGCCGGUGGACCAGCAGACGCCGGAACUUCUCCAGGAGGCGGCUCAGGACAAGAAGGAACGACUCUACUUUUUCCACCAUGUCUAACUAUACUACCAAUACCCUCACUGGAUGCAACUGA